AGAAGGGGGGGGGGGGAUGAGGUUGAGCUGCGCAGGCGUGGCGGGAGUCCGGCUGCAGCUGCUUAGUGUUGAGGGGCGGUGGCAGGAGGCGGGGUGAGAAGAGGCGGGACGAAAAGCUGUGCGUAUGCACGCACUCCCUGCGUCUGUCCGACCUGCCUCGGCAUUACGCGCGGAGCGAGGGAGUGCGUGCGUGCGUGCGUGUGCGUGCGGUCCCGGUUCCCGCCAUCAGCCGCCGGCCCUGACGGGGGGCAGAGCGCGCCAGCUUCUCUGCACCCGGCGUCCCCUUUCCCCCCUCCCCCUCCCGCGUCCCAGCUCGGCUCCUCGAGGGGCUCCCGGAGCUGCCGCUGCAGCUGAGUUGAUGUCUUCGGGAGGACUGGAAUAGCUGCAGACUAUGGGUAGUUCCUCAAGAAGAGUUCUUUACCUAUGGCACAAGCAUCAAAAUAAAGACUAUUGGAAGUAAUGACACUUGGCGGACAUGCAUUGUUAUUUUGAGAGGAGUUAUAAACAGCUGAAUAGACAAAUAAUGGAAUCAGAUUGGUGGAAACACUAUUUCUUUUUGAACCUUUCAGGUGAAGUUGUGAUUUUCUUUUUAAUUUGGGUAGAAGCAAUUUAUUUUUAAAAAGUAUGACUCCUUUGAAGAUACAUGGUCCUAUCCGAGUACGGAGCAUUCAGACGGGGAUUACAAAAUGGAAAGAAGGAUCAUUUGAAAUUGUGGAAAAAGAAAAUAAAGUCAGCCUAGUGGUUCACUAUAAUGCUGGAGGAAUUCCAAGGACAUUUCAGCUAAGUCAUAAUAUAAAGAAUGUGGUUCUUCGACCUAAUGGAGCAAAACAAAGUCGUCUGAUUCUUACACUGCAGGAUAACAGCUAUUUGUCCAUUGACAAAGUACCAUGUAAGGAUGCAGAUGAAAUGAGGCUGUUUCUGGAUGCAGUCCAUCAAAACAGACUCCAUACAGCCAUGAAACCUUCCCAGGGGUCUGGUAGCUUUGGCGGAGUUCUCGGGAGCAGGACUACACAGAAGGAAGUCAACAGGCAGUACUCUUACAUAGAAAAUCAGACUUCUUCAAAAAAAGCAAGCUUGGAAUCCAAAGAUGAUACAUUUCGAAAAGUUCUUGGUAAUCCAGGCAGAGGAUCCACAAAGACCCCAACAGGAAGUAUCAUGAGUGGGACCCGCAUACAUACCUCUCUGUCUUCUACUUCAACACCUUUAAGAACAGGAUUAUUAGAAAAUCGGAGUGAGAAGAGAAAAAGAUUGCUCUCAUCAGGGUCAGAAAUGAAUGAAGAUUACCCCAAGGAAAAUGAUUCAUCCUCGAACAAUAAAGCUAUGACAGAUCCUUCAAGGAAGUAUUUAAACAACAGUAGAGAGAAACAGCUAAGCUUGAAACAGGCAGAGGAGAAUAGAACAUCAGGACUUUUGCCCCUACAGUCAUCAUCCUUUUAUGGUAGUAGAGCACUAUCAAAAGAUUACUCUCCUGGAAAUUCAAACCUAGACAGGACUAAUGUUUCAAGCCAGACUCCCUCUGCCAAAAGGAGUUUGGGGUUUCUUUCCCAACCAGCUCCUCUGUCUGUUAAAAAACUAAAGUCUAACCAGGAUUAUACUGGAUGGAAUAAACCAAGAGUGCCCCUUUCUACCCAUUCACAGCAACAAUUACAAGGCUUUUCAAAUUUGGGAAAUACUUGCUACAUGAAUGCCAUUUUACAGUCCCUAUUUUCACUCCAGUCAUUUGCAAAUGAUUUGCUUAAGCAAGGUAUCCCGUGGAAAAAAAUACCACUUAAUGCACUUAUCAGACGUUUUGCCCACCUUCUUGCUAAGAAAGAUAUCUGUAAUUCAGAAACAAAAAAAGAUUUGCUGAAAAAGGUAAAAAAUGCCAUUUCAGCUACUGCAGAGAGAUUCUCUGGCUACAUGCAAAAUGAUGCACAUGAAUUUUUAAGUCAGUGUUUGGAUCAGCUAAAGGAAGACAUGGAAAAGUUAAAUAAAACUUGGAAGACUGAGCCUUUAUCUGGGGAAGAGAAUUCUCCAGGACGGACUUCAGAUGAUGUUGCAGCUACCAGGAUAUACACAUGUCCUGUUAUUACUAAUUUGGAGUUUGAGGUCCAGCAUUCUAUCAUAUGUAAAGUAUGUGGUGAAACUGUUCCCAAACGUGAACAAUUUAAUGACCUUUCCAUUGACCUGCCUCGAAGAAAGAAACCACUACCUCCUCGGUCAAUCCAAGAUUCUCUUGAUCUUUUCUUUAGGGCAGAAGAGCUUGAAUAUUCCUGUGAGAAGUGUGGUGGAAAGUCUGCUAUUGUCACACAUAAAUUCAACAGGCUCCCCAGGGUCCUUAUUCUUCAUCUGAAACGAUACAGCUUCAAUGUGGCCCUCUCACUCAACAACAAGGUUGGACAGCAAGUCGUUAUUCCAAGAUAUUUAACUUUGUCAUCCCAUUGCACUGAAAACACAAAACCUCCCCUUACUUUGGGUUGGAGUGCACAUACAGCAAUUUCUCGGCCAUUAAAAGCAUCCCAAAUGGUGAAUUCCUGCACCAUCAGCACUUCUACCCCUUCAAGGAAAUAUACAUUCAAAUCUAAGAGUUCUUUAGGAUUCUCCAUUGAUUCAGACAGCGAGGAUGAGCUAUUAAAACGUUCCGUGGCCCUUGGCCAGAGACUUUUUGAAAUGCCAAGCAAGGAGCAACAAGAAGACCUGGAAAAAGGUUCCAAAAAAUGUAAAAUGGAAUCAGAUAAAUCAGAAUUGGGAAAUUCAGGAUUUGAUGGAAUGAGUGAAGAUGAACUUCUGGCAGCUGUCUUGGAGAUAAGUAAGAGAGAAGCCUCAUUGACUUUGGCUAAUGAAGAUGAUGAUAAACCUACCAGCAGUCCAGAUACAGGGUUUGCAGAGGAUGAUAUGCAAGAUAUGCCUGAAAAUCUGGAAUCUCUGGAGGCAGAAAAAUCAAAAGCCCCUAUUGAAGCUGGUCCUGCCAGUUUCACUGAGAUCACUAAAGAUUUUGAUGAGAAUAAAGAAAACAAAACUCCAGAAGGGUCUCAGGGGGAAGUUGACUGGCUCCAACAGUAUGAUAUGGAGCGAGAGCGGGAGGAAGAAGAGCUCCAGCAGGCCCUUGCUCAGAGCCUCCAGGAGCAAGAGGCCCGAGAACAGAAAGAAGAUGAUGACCUCAAAAGAGCCACAGAAUUAAGUCUUCAAGAAUUUAAUAACUCCUUUCUGGAUGGAAUGGGUUCUGAUGAUGACUCUGGAAAUGAAGAUGUUUUUGAUAUGGAGUACACAGAAGCUGAAGCAGAGGAAUUGAAGAGAAAUGCUGAGACAGGAAAUCUUCCUCAUUCUUAUCGACUCAUCAGUGUUGUCAGCCAUAUUGGAAGUACAUCUUCUUCAGGCCAUUACAUUAGUGAUGUGUACGACAUUAAGAAGCAGACCUGGUUCACUUACAAUGACCUGGAGGUAUCUAAAAUCCAAGAGGCCUCUGUUCAGAGUGAUAGAGACCGGAGUGGUUACAUCUUCUUUUAUAUGCACAAAGAUAUCUUUGAUGAGCUGCUGGAAACAGAAAAGGCCUCCCAGCUGCUUAGCAUGGAGGCCGGGCGGAUCACCCGGCCAGCACUGUGAGGAGCCCACUCCCAGGUGUGGGGGCAUCUGUGUGUGCACACGACUGUCUCGUUUUUGUGUUUUUCCACCUGAGAAUUCUGAACUUAGAACUGACACAGGAGUGACAAACAGCUCAGGGCCGAACCAAAACAUAGAAAGCUUCAAACCAGGGAAGUUCUUCAUGCAUGGAAAUCCUUGAACCUCACACCUGUAACUGAUCAGCCUUCUCUCCAAGAGCAGAGUGGAGCUUUCUGUAGUUCCGGGAAUCUAGACACACACACACACACGUACGUACGUACGUACAUGCAUAAACAUUCACACACAGUUACAUACACACGCUCUGAUACGUACACCUGUGUGUACAUGUGUGUUUGUAUAUAUUGGACAGAAUGGAGCCUUAAAGAGUUGGAAUGAGCCACAAGACUUUGUUUGCUCGGAAUUCGUAGCAUAGUUGGUAUGGAGAAGAAAUGGAAGAAAGUGACAGGGGGAUUUUCAAGUUCAUUCAACUGGGAAACGGGUGAAGAAACCACCUGUAUCACUUGCCAUUUGCGUAUUUUUAUGCCCUUCAUGAGCAGUUUGAGCAAUAGUUUAUAACUUUGAGUGUAUGUUUCAUUAGUAAAGUUCACUGGAACCCCAACUUUCCACAAACACUAAUGAUAGUUCUUCCGGCUAAAGGGGAUGUUUCUGUCAUUUGAGAUGAAGCAUGUUUUGGUUAUUUAAUUAUCAUUAUUUCAUGGGUUUGUAACUCCUCUACAGUUUACAUGCAGUUCUAGGAAAUGAAAUGUUGGUGCUGAGGAAUGUGUUGUAACAUUUUCAUCAUCCUUCACAGUUUUUGCUCAUUGUAUGCUUUGUGCGUUUAAAAAAAAAAAGUUUUAAUUCACACAGUGUAUUCCUUUAUUCAGUCAGCAUUUGUUCUUGUUACUGGCUUCCUUUCAUUUAUUCCAAUAUCGUUCCCACUUGAGAUUAGACAUCAAUUAUUUCACGCUGCUUCUGGAGUUAGCCAAAGCAUCCUAUAAAAAUUGGGCAAAAAUGUUGCCCCAAAUAGGAACCAUUGACAGAUGAUCUUUGAAAGGUUCCUCGUCUUUCUCAUUCCCAGAUAUCAAAAGGUGUUCUUUAUUCUGGAGUACUUACCCUACCCCAAAUGUAAAAAUGAGUGUGCAUUGGGACAGGGCUUAAACAUUUAAAACCAUUUAGUCUCUUGAUGCAUUUCUAAGAAGAAUUGAAGUGAGGAUGAUUUGGGAGAGUCCCAGUCACUGUAAAGUUUAGUGAAUUGACCUCAUCUGCUUGAGGUUGAGGAUAAAUAUGGCUGAAAAACUAAGCACUCUACAUUUCAGUAAUUGCUCAAAUGACAUAAAGCAGAUUGGUUAAACAACUUGAGAAACCAUAUAAAGGAUGAUUUUUUUUUGGUAGGUAAAAUCCUGUAACAACUAAUUUUGAGAGCUUGGCUCCAUCAUUAGAUUCCCAUGCAGCUUGGUGUCAUGAAGUAAAACUUGAUAUUUGUCUCAUUCCUUUAUUACAAAGAAAUGUGUUAAGAACUGUAGGCUCUAAAUUUGGGCCAGGUUACAGUUUUAAUACCUUAUGGAAAUAUGGAAGGUUUUUUUCUUAAAAACUACUUUCUCAUAUUGGUGUCAAGGCUGGUUGUCAUUACUCUCUUGAGAGGGGAGCAGGCAAGGGAGAACUGUGGAUUUUUUUUUUUAAACCACUAUUCAUAAACUUAAACUAAAUUAAUGGUGUUGGGAGGCUGGAAAUCUUUUCCUUUGAAGAGCCUUCAGCAUUACAGACAUAGCUUUGUUCUGCAUUCUGUUCUGUAAGCGAAACCUCUUCUUACCUGGAUUGUUUUGUAUUGUGACAACCACAAACAAGAAAUGCUUUUGACCCCUCUCUAUAUCACAUGCACUGCUGUAUCAUAAACUAUCAAUUUUGUAUUGUUGGUGAGAGAAAUCUAAGGGAAAAGCUUAUUUUAAUAUAGGUUUUGUUUUGUUUUGCAACAUUUCCAACAAAAAAACCUUUAAGAAAAAUAAAGGUAAAACAAGUCUUACAGUAAA